AUGGAUUGGUUCAGUGGUGCUCCCCCGCCUCCAGAAUACCAGGCUGUUGCGUGGUUGGUGAAUAUUGCUACUGUUGUUGAGACUGUUGGUUGGACAAUCAACUAUGGUGAAUCGAUCUAUAGAUCGGUAAAAGACCGUACCUAUGGGAUGGCCAUAUUUCCGAUGUGUUUGAAUCUAUCAUGGGAGAUUGUCUAUACCUUGGUCUAUCCUUGCAAUGACACUUAUCAAUGGAUCAUGAUCAUCAGCUGGUUACUUGUGAACCCGGGAAUCGUGCUAUCUGCGAUUCGAUAUGCGCCAAAUGAGUGGCAGCAUGCUCCAUUAGUCAAGGACAAUAUCCGACUCAUAUUUUUCCUGACAAUAGUAGCUUGCAUCCUGGGCCAGCUGGCGGCUGCUGCGACCCUUGGACCAGGUGUUGCUGCAACAGUGAUAGCUUGUCUCUGCUAUCUUUUGCUCACUGUUGGGUCCCUAUGCCAGCUUCUGGUUCGUGGCAGCUCUCGGGGUACUUCUUACACAAUGUGGGCUUCUCGGUUCCUCGGCAAUCUUGCGGCUGGUCUCAGUGCACAUUUGAAGUUGAAAUACUGGCCACAAAUUUUCGGCUUCUUGGAUAGCCCCCUAAUGACAUGGUUUGUCGCAAUUACUACAAUAGUGGAGUUAUGCUAUCUCUUUGUCUUGCGCCAUAUUCAAGCCAAAGAGAGUGCAGAUCGUCAAAACCUCCUAAUUACCGACAAGAAACGAUGA